AUGGUAAUGGAGAUGUUGCCCGGAUUCCUUUUCGCAUUUCUUGGGUUUUUAGCUCUUACGGCACUUCUGGUUCAUGCUCAGGAUCCAUCAGACUUCAUUAGCAUAGAUUGUGGUUUAGCAGCAAAUACUAGCUACACUGAUGCCGCAACUGGUCUAAAUUACAUAUCGGAUGCGUCGCUCAUAGAGACUGGAAUAAGUAAGAGUGUUGCAACUGCAUCAGGUUCAACUAGCUUUGACCGGCAGCUAUGGUAUGUCAGGAGCUUUCCUCACGGUGACAGACAUUGUUAUAACGUAACGAUCACCAAAGGAAACAAAUAUUUGAUGAGAGCUAGAUUCAUGUAUGGAAAUUAUGAUGGCCAAAAUGUACUGCCAGAAUUUGAUCUGCAUCUCGGGCCUAAUAAGUGGGUUAGUGUGAAAAUACUAAACGCAUCCAAUCCUGUAGACAAGGAGAUCAUACAUGUACCUACAUGGAAUUAUGUAUAUGUCUGUGUUGUGAAUACGGGCUAUGGGACACCUUUUGUAUCAGCAUUAGAAAUAAGGCCUUUGAAAAAUGAUUCAUAUGUAACGCAAUCUGGAUCGCUGGUGUACUUCACACGGUUGGACAUUGGUUCGUAUACCAAUCAAACCGUCAGGUGA